CACUAGACACCAGUGCUGAGGAGGCAGCAAGCUCCGCAAAGAUCAGGGGAGCAAAGAACAAAGGACUAGGUUAGGCUUAGAGGAGGGGACACAACCGGAGCUGUAGCUAGGACUGGACAAGUGACAUAGCCCACCCUGGAAGACCUCGCAGUGGGGAGGGUCUUCCUCGGGUGACUGCAGACUGCCUCAUCACACCAGGGGGCUGACUGGGAGAAGAUAUGAGCCCCAGACUUCAAACAACUCAGCUAGGCAACCGCAGAACUCAUGGGAAGGAAAUUCAGGUUGAAAAUGAAAACGCUGCCGGGGACAUGGCCAUCACCGUGGAUCUGGAAACAGACUAUGCUAAGCUGGCUCUAAAGGUGGAAGCAAUCACACUUGGGGAGAAGAAUAGAAAGAAGUUGAAGAACCAACCCCUCAGAAAACGGGAGAAUGAAAACAUCUCUCGAGCUGUGUGUGCCCUCCUGAACUCUGGAGGUGGGGUGAUUAAGGCUAAAAUUGAAAAUGAAAAUUUUAGCCUUCCCAGGGAUGGAUUGGGACUGGAUUUGGAAGCCUCUCUUUGUAAAUGUCUGCCGUUUGUGGGGAGGCAUCUGGACUUCAUGGCGCGUGGAGGCUACUUGAAUAUCUUUGUGAAACCAUGGAGUCUGGAUGUCUUUGGUCUGCCGAUCUGCAUCCUGAGAACCAAUUUGUAUUUUAGAAGCUUUUCAUCUUCAAGUGAAAUGAAUGCCGCUGCUGCUCUCGAGUUCCUCCAAGACCUGGAGGAAGUGGGAGGGAGAUCCUGUGUCAGACCAGAGCUGCCUGCAAGCAGAGUCUGCCCUGGAGUAGAAGAGGAGAGCGACCUGGAGGACCUGGCUGCUGUGGUUUUUAAUAAGACACAAUUUCAGCACCAGGAAGACUUCCCCUUCACCAGAUCCACCCAUGUUGAAGUUACAUUGCUUUCCGUGAAACAGCUGCGAAAAUGCAUCAAAGAACUCAUCCCUCGAAAUGUAUCUGCGUUUGCAAACACUGACGGGGGAUAUUUGUUCAUUGGUUUGGAUGGAAACAAUCAGCAAAUAAUUGGUUUUGAAGCAGAGAAGAGCGAUCUUGUGCAUCUAGAGAGUGAAAUAGAGAAGUGCAUCCGACAGCUGCCUGUCACUCACUUCUGUGAGGAGCAGGAGAAGAUAAAGUACACAUGCAAAUUCAUCCCAGUCCUCAGACAGGAAGCUGUGUGCUCAUAUGUGUGUGCGCUCAGAGUGGAGAGAUUCUGCUGUGCUGUGUUCGCUGCAGAGCCUGAGUCCUGGCACGUGGAAGACAGCUGUGUGAAGAAGUUUACCACUGAGGAAUGGGUCAAGAGCCUGAUGGAUGGCAAGUAAGCCUCUGGCACCACUGGUGACUUCACGCAUGCCCACUGGUCAUUGUUAGCUGAGGCUCUCAAGGAACACCUAGAGCCUGCGACAAUGAUAUUCUUUAGGCCUGUCACAGCUGAAGGACUUCAUGGCUACAAAAGGGCCGAGCCUGAAAAUCCCUGAAGCUGUGUAACUGGAGAGGAUUUCUCAGCAGAGGUCUGCUGCCAACCAGCUAUUCCCUGCUAGCUGUGGAUGGACUUCAGUAGACCAAAGGAAAUGCCUUCUUCAUAAGAUCAGGCUUCAGCCAAGCCUGCAGUGCAGACAUUUUUUCUCCUUCCCUCCCUCUCUCUCCCUCCCUCCCUUCCUUCCU